GCGGAGCUCCGUGCCAUGACGCGCGCUUGGAAAAGGACACGCACUGCGAACUGUACUGAGUUGUUUAAGUCCACUUGAAGCGCACGGACCGUUCCGGGAAGGGAAGCUGCGAAACUUGUCUGUUAAAGGAUCUGUGUGGCUUUUGAACAGUGUGCUUGGGUUCAAUGAGAUGUUUUGCUCUGCAAGUGACUCUGGAAGUCUCUGCCAAUCAUGGAGAGUGAGGCUGAGUGUCUGCUGCUGUUGAUGCUGAUCACUGGGAGUCCGAGUGCCUCAUGCGAUGCCCACCUAUCACUGUCCCCCUGACUUGGUAACCAUGGAUGUCCAAGUGCAGCCCAACCUCCACUACGGGGUCAACGGAGGUCACGAGAGCACCGCCGGUACCCGCGCACGAUCCACCGAUGAUGACACGCUACAGUUUCUGAGUCGGGAGGAGAAAGAAUGCAUCCUCUUUUUCGAGGAGACGAUCGACUCCCUGGAGGAGUCCCUGAAGGAGGAGGAGGGGCCGGCUCUCUCCUCAGGUAACAACACACCUGUGGAAGACGGAUCCGUCCCCCCUAGCCCCGUCCAGACGUCCACACCUGUGGCAGUAGAACCCCCGUACAUCCGGCGAGACAGUGACAUCAUUGACCUGGUCCACUCCACGUCCAACCACACCAUGCCAGAUUUCCAGAGUCUGGCGGUGGCUCCCGAGGCCCACUUUGAGAACAAGGCGCGGCGGGAGCCCAUGGACAACUUCCCGUCGGAGUACCACAUCCCCGUGACCCCCGGGGAGGACGGAGGCGGGAGCGGGAGCGGCGGGUACCAGCCCCCGCCGGGGUCCGUCCCCACGCCGGUCCUCAUCGCCCAGAAGCUGGCGGAGCACCAGGGCGACGCGGCCGCGGGCACUGCCCUGCUGCCCUCCAUGCUGGCCAAGCGGAGGCGGAGUCUGGACUCCACCAAUCCCGUCCCCGCGGCGGUCAAGCAGGGCCCGCCCACCUCGGCCAAGCCGGCCAACCGGAGCGCGUUGCUGAGCAGCAGGGACCUGACCCACGACGUGGCCCUGCGGGCGGUGGACCGGCGGGCGCGGAUGAGCCCCAUGGAGGGCGGGGAGCCGGCGUGCGUGCGGAACCUGCCCACGCGGAGCGUCUCCUUCCGGGACCCCACGCCGGACAAGUCGCGCAUGGAGGCGCUGUCCAAGCUCGGCCUGGUGCGCGGGCGAGCCAAGUCCAUCACGCCGACCGUGGACCCCAUCUCUGAACCCACAAAACAUGCACCCCCCACCGCAACAGUCACCUCCUCUUCCUCCUCCUCCUCCUCCUCCUCCUCCCCCUCUUCCUCCUUUUUGGCGCCCAGAACCGAAAUCCACACCGAUUUUAACCGCUUCGGAGGGAAGUCGACCGUAGUGACCCCAUCGCCAAUGCCCCCGGCUUCUCCAGAUGCCCAGUCGUCCUCUCUGUCUCCCACCAGUGCCGACGUGGCAUCCAGGGACUUCAACAGCUACGGGGGCAAGACCAUCGUGGUGGUGCCCACAGCCUCCACCUCCAGUAGGGCAGUGGACCCAGCCCCAGCCCCACCCCCAGCCCCAGCCCCAGCCCCACCCCCAGUCCCAGUCCCGGCCCCCGACUCGGCCCCCAACUACCCCCCUCCUGCGGCUCACUUCUCUGCCCAGCCAGCCAAGACGGACCCCCCAGCCGUGGAGCUCAACAGCUACGGGGGCCGGACCAAGACGAUCGUCCCCGCCUCGGCGCUGGCCAGAGCGGACGUCGUGGACGGUCCGGCGAGCCACCCGCCGGACAUCCGGGCCGGCGUGCCCACUCACUCGCCCUCUCCGCCGGCUACGGUCAGGGGGGAGCCCCCCAACACCUCCAGCCUCUCCAGCGCUACUAGCGUUAGCAUCAGCGCUGCUAGCACGAGCGCCAGCCAUAGCUACGGAGGUAAGAGCAAGGUGAUCACUCCAGCACCGCAGGUGGUGCCCAAGGUGGACCCCCACCAGCCUGAGGCCCAGGCGGCAGCCCCAGACCACUGGAGCAGAACCCGGCCCGAGGUUAUGGUGGCCCGGGAGAACAGCUUCGGUAGCCGGACCCGUGUGGUGGUGCCUGGUGGUGGUGGUGGUGGUGCGAGGGGCAAGUCCGCCACUCUUCCCCCGACGACGGCGCCCAAGCCUCCCAGCCCUCACCGCACGCUGGAGGCCCCGCGUCUGCCGUCGCCCAGCAAGGUGACCAGCAAGCCGUCGUUCCGCUCGCAGGGCAUCACCGUCCAGUUCUCCGGCCGCGGCGUCACCGACGACUCCAGGCGCGAGGCGCUCCGCAAGCUGGGCCUGCUCAAGAACGGGUCAUUACUGUGACGCACACACACACACACACACACACACUCACACACACACACACAGAGUCUCUCUCUCUCUCAGACAUCUGUGUGUGCGUGAGAGUUAAUGGUGUGCACCACAACAGCUAACAAUAGCAGGACAAUAAAGGAACUCUGAAGUAAAAGAACACUAAAAGAACACUAAAAGAACUUCUAAGCACAGAAUCAGAACACUAAGGACACUGUGACUGUUGGUAUCCAAGCACCUGGAAAGUGCUUGACGGCAGCACUGGAGGUAGAGACAAUAGCAGCCAGGUGUUGUCUCAGGUAAAACACCUGUACCCCAAACAGAUGCUCUUAAUUCUUCACCUUCCUUUGGAUAUUUAUAACUUCAGUCUAUCCCUCUGUCUGUGCUGGAUUCCACCUCCCCGUACACCUGAAUCCUGCAAUCCAUCCACUACUCUACCCAAGCCAACAUGGCUUGCUCUCAUUGGAUCCAAAAUGGCCACCACUGUUAGGAUCCAAAAUGGCAGCAAAUACAGUAAAUACAUAGGUGGAAACCAGCGUGAUCAGCCAUUUCCGUCUCACAGUCUUACUUUAUAGCCUUAUAUUAUAUUAAACAAAACUCUUGUAUAAAUCCGUCCUCACCUCACACAAACGGGACUGUGAAUUUCGCAUUGAGAGACGCUCCAGAGAUAGUCCCAACUUUGGUACGUCUGAUACAUAAAGAAACUGGAUUGGGACUCUUACCUGUGCUGAGGAUACACUUUCUCCCUGGGCAUUAGAACAGCAUGUGUGACUUUACUGUGUGACCUGGAAUCAUGUCUUUGGUAGAUGUUGCCAGGCUUAUAUUGCAGGUCAGUUGUGUUGAUUGAGUAAAUGAUGAGCGUGUUGCAAGUUUUGGCCAACAGUGAAACACUCCCAGUCAUUGAUGCUAAUAGCUCUUUGUUGUUACAGUACCUAUAAAAAAGCGAAGACUGAUGUUUUAAAUGAUCAGCUUAUGCCAAGUCUCGUAAAGCGAGCGAACGCCAUUGCCCGCUUGUCCAUGAACAACUUCCGAACAUCUUGAAAGAGCGAGGGAAGUCUUUGUAAGAUCGUAAGAUCUAAACAUCUAAAUCUGGGGGGGGAGGGGGAGGGGGGGAGCAGGGAUGGCUGAGUUUUCAUCUUUAUCUAGUUUACACCAUCUUACCUCACGCGGCCGCCGGUGGUUGUUCUCUGUUUCUGAUGUACAGUUUGAGUCGUGGCCUGCUCGUACAGCUGGACUCUGUGUUUCUCUCUGUGAUCCAACCCACCCCAACCCCACCCCUCACACCACAUGUAUGUGUGUGUGUGUGUGUGUGUGUAUGUAUGUGUAUGUAUGUGUGUGUGUGUGUGUGUGUGUGUGUGUGCGUGUGUGAGAGUGCAGCCUGGCCUCAUAGAUGGCUGGAUGUCUGGGGAGAGCGGCAUAGUGAGGAGUUUUAUUUUUAAGCCCUGAGCUGCUGCAGCCACCGCCGCCACAAACGCCGCCCGCCAAGUGUGUAUGUGUGUCUGUGGGUUUGUGUGUGUGCGUAUGAGUGCAGCCCGCCGAGUGUGUAUGUGUGUGUCUGUGUGUGUGUGUGUGCGUGUGCGUGUGUGUGUGUACAGUAUGAGUGCAGCCCGCCGCCUCAGACUCGGAUUCUGAUGCUGCAGCUGGGAGUCGAGGCCGCCCACUCAAACCACAGCGGCCGGUGCUGGAGCCCAGGCGCUCACUACUCCUGGGCCCUGCUUGG